ACUUUUUUAUUAAAAUUCUGAAACUUAUCCCUUAACAACCAUAACAACAAAUCACUGAUAUUCUUAUCUUACACCAUAGGUUAUUGUAGAUAUAUAUUACAUUGGUACAACAUCUGAUAUUUUUCAGUGAUAUUCUUAUCUUACACCAUAGGUUAUUGUAGAUAUAUAUUACAUUGUACAACAUCUGAUAUUUUUCACUGACAUUCUUAUCUUACACCAUAGAUUAUUGUAGAGAUAUAUAUUACAUUGAUACAACAUCUGAUAUUUUUCAGUGAUAUUCUUAUCUUACACCAUAGGUUAUUGUAGAGAUAUAUAUUACAUUGGUACAGCAUCUGAUAUUUUUCAUUUCUUUUUGUUUUUGGCAUAUUUUUAAACAUAUUUUGAAAAUUAAAUUAUUCUGAUAAAAUAUUUCUUAAAUGCCAUAUGAAAGUACAGACGGAGGUUAUCUUUGGGUACAAUAACUUAUUUAAAACCUAAGAAACCGAAAAAAGUGCUUAAUUUUCAUAUCAUAUACCGAACUGGAACAUCCAAGAGAUUUGGCUGCAAAAAGUCCUUUACUGAGUAUAGUCAAAUAUUUUUACACUGUUGAGCUAACUAGAUCUCUGACAGAGCUUUUACGUUACUUUACCAGUAUAAGUAUGGCAUACUUGGAUUUACUGGAUCUCAACGCAACACUAGAAGACAACAACAACAACACCUUCAUCAAUUUUACUAAUUCUACGUAUGAAGGAAUGGACUUUGGUCCUCCGCGAGUAAUCUUCGAAAUUGUUAAGAUCUUAUAUAGCAUUGUUUGUUUGGUUGGCCUAUGCGGAAACACGUUAGUCAUAUAUGUGGUACUGCGAUUUUCUAAAAUGCAGACUGUCACCAAUAUGUACAUUUUAAACCUUGCCGUUGCUGAUGAAAUGUUUUUAACUGGCCUUCCGUUCCUUAUAGUCACGAUGACCGUCAGACAUUGGCCUUUUGGGCGUGUCAUGUGUAAAUUGUACAUGACUACUACCUCGAUAAACCAGUUCACCAGCAGUCUGCUACUGACCGUCAUGAGUGCCGACCGCUACGUGGCAGUCUGCCACCCCAUCUCCUCCCCCCGCUACAGGACCAGUUUUAUUGCCAAGUUCAUCUGCCUCACAGCAUGGACCGUAUCGGCUCUACUCAUGGUUCCCAUCUAUAUGUACGCUAAUGUCCUGGAUAAGGGAAGCUCGGUAACAUGUAACAUCUUCUGGCCUGAGAGCGACUUCAUGAACGGACAAAAGGCAUUCACUCUAUACUCUCUC